GGAGACGCUGCGCCCAGCACUCGGUGAGAGCCCAGCGGCAUGGGGGAGCCCGUGAUGGUACCAGCCCGGGAGCCCUGCCGCGCAGGUGCUGUUCUUUCUUUGGUUUGCCGUGACUCUUAUGAAGCAUGGUGCCAGAUCAUCAAUGUGUCAGAAACACAGGCCCCUUUCUUUACCUAUCCAGUCAACCAUUCCAAUGAAACAAACCUGAGUGUUUCCACAUCUGCGGGAAGCAAAUAUAGGCUCUAUGUGGGUGUGGCCCUGGCAAUAAGUUCCAGUAUUUUUGUUGGCUCCAGCUUUAUACUGAAAAAGAAGGGCCUUCUGCAACUGGCUGACAAGGGAGUCACCAGAGCUGGACAGGGUGGAUAUUCUUACUUGAAGGAAUGGCUCUGGUGGGCAGGAUUACUUUCAAUGGGAGUAGGGGAGGCUGCCAACUUUGCUGCCUAUGCCUUUGCACCUGCAACCUUGGUUACCCCAUUGGGUGCACUGAGUGUUCUUAUAAGUGCAAUAUUGUCUUCCUAUUUUUUAAAUGAAAAGCUGAAUGUUCAUGGGAAAUUGGGCUGCAUAUUGAGCAUUUUGGGGUCAACGGUGAUGGUUAUUCAUGCCCCUGAAGAAGAGGAGGUCACUUCUUUAGAUGAAAUGGAAAUAAAACUGAAAGAUCCAGUGUUUAUUGCAUUUGCUGUGGUUAUAACUGUGGUCUCCCUGGUGCUGAUCUUUGUUGUGGCUCCAAGGAAAGGUCAGACGAAUAUACUGGUCUACAUAUCAAUUUGUUCAGUGAUUGGUGCCUUCUCUGUAUCAUCUGUCAAGGGCCUCGGCAUUGCCAUUAAAGAAAUACUGGAGCAGAAGCCAGUUUACCAACAUCCGCUGGUUUAUAUUUUGGUGGGGACUUUAGUGCUGUCAGUCAGCACUCAGAUCAACUAUCUUAACAAAGCAUUGGACAUGUUUAAUACAUCUCUCGUGACACCUAUUUAUUAUGUGUGUUUCACUACUACAGUUGUUACAUGUUCCAUCAUCCUGUUUAAAGAAUGGAAUAGCAUGGACCUGGGUGAUAUCAUUGGCAGCCUCAGUGGAUUCUUCACCAUAAUCAUAGGCAUUUUUCUUUUGCAUGCUUUUAAAAGUACUAAUAUCACCCUGAAGCAAUUGACAUCCACAGCUAUAAAAGAACCCGCAUUGCCUCUGCAUGGAUAUGAUGCUCAUCAUUCUUUAUUGGAGAACAUGGAGAGCCCAACCUUGGCAUAUGAGGAGGACAAUCCUUUGUUCAGACGAGGAAAUGCACAGGGAGCUAUUUGCCAUUAAAAUUUUGAAAUGCAAACUAGAUCCACCUAUAUCAAUCAGAACUGGCUUUGCU